UUGCCCGCAGGCGUGGCCGCGGGCGUCCCCCCCCGAGCGUCACGUGGUCUACCCCCUCCGUGCGGAUGCUGCGGGUCACGUGAUCUCGGCGGACGUGACGUCACACUACCACGGCGGCGCCAACGAAGGAGGAGGAGGAGGAGGAGAUGAAGGAGGAGGAGAUGGAGGAGGAGGGCGUGAAGGAGGCGGCGCGCGGGCGAAGAGGGCCUCGGCGGCGGCCGGCGGCGGCGCGGAGGAAGGCGCGGCGGCCAAGGACAAGCUGUACAUCGUGAUCAACAACGAGAACGAGGAGCUGUUCCUCAACCUCACGCCCAACACCAAGCUGGUGACGCAGCACACGGUGAUUGAGUGGGUGCUGGAGGACGGGCGCCGCAUCCUGCGGAGGGCGACGGGCGACUGCUUCUACGUGGGGCGCCUCCGCUCCACCGAGAAGUCCCUGGUGGCCAUCAGCAACUGCGACGGCCUCACCGGCUACAUCCAGACGCACAACGACAGCUACUUCAUCGAGCCCCUGAGGAGGCAGCAUGCGCCCCCGGGGAAGGCCCAGGGGCUGGCGGGGGGCGAGGCCGCGCGGGGGGCGGGGGGGGCGGACCACCCCCAGCCGCAUCUCAUCUACAAGGUCAAAUCCAUCACCUCGCGGCUCAACCUCUCUCUGCAGCAGGACCAGGAGUUCCGGCAGCGCGAGGAAGAGGAAGAGGAGGAGGAGGAGGAGGAAUACACGGAGGACCUUGAAGAAGAAGAAGAGGAGGAGGAGGAAGUGGAAGAGGAGGAGGAGAGAGCGAGGGAGGAAAUGAGGAAGGGCGGGUUGAGGGAAACCCGGAGAGGAGAGCGAGGGGAGAGGGGAGGAGGCGGACGGACGGACGCGACGCCGAAGUUCCGGCGCCACCACCAGCGGAGGGCGCACGAGGAGGCCCAGGAGGAGGAGGCGACGGUGCCGGAGUUCCUCGACUUCCUGCACAGGAGGCGAAGGAGAAGAAACAGCAUCUUCGGCACCGACUUGGGAGCCGACGUGGCCGCGGUGAGGUCGUCCCUUCCGAGGGCGGGCGACGGCAGGUCGUCCAUCAAGCAAGUCAUCAUCCCCAAGUUCAGAAGGAGACCCGAAGAGACCCGACCAAAGUUCGCCAGGCAAGACUCGGGUGGAAUCUCCUCCUUCCCCUCCUCCUCCCCCUCCUCCUCCUCCUCCUCCUCCUCCUCCUCCUCCUGGCCCCUGUCCAAGACCGAGAGGAUCGGCAGAUCGACGGGCGUGCGGCUUCCCAAGUUUACCCGCGGGCACGAGCGGGCGUCCCCGAGCGUCCAAGAUUCGGAUCGGCCGAAACGCGAGGACAACGAGAGAGGAAGAUUAGAAGGAGAGGACGCAGGAAGCGAACAGACAGACGCGGAGGGAAGGAGGAAUGCAGAGAAUGAGGAGGAAGGAGGUGACAACGAGAACGAGGAGAGAGAAGGGGAGAGAAAGAAGAACAAGAAGAGCAGACGAAAGAAGGACAGGAAGAAGAAGAAGAACAGGAGGUGCAAAAUGGAGAAGAAAGGGAAAGGAGACGGAGGCCAGACCAACGAUACUGAGAUAAACGAAGAAGGGAAGGAUAAAGAAGAGAGGAAAUGCCGAGAAAGGAAGAAACUGACCAAGGAGGAACGCCAGAGGAGGAAAGAGGAGAGGAGAGAGAGACGGCGGUUGGCCAGGGAAAGGAAGCUGCAGGAGAAGGAGAGGAAGAGGCAAGAGAGACGAGAGAGAAAGAGGAACAAGCAGGCGAUGGUGAACGAUAGCCUCACUGCAACAUUCCCUCAAGCUCACGUGGUGGACCCCUUUGAGGGAGAGGACUGGCAGGGCUACUCGCCUGAUCUCUUCUGGGAAACAGACGUCGCUGCAGGGUCCUCAGGCCUACCGGAGGUGUCCCUGGGUCCUGCGCUCAACGCCUCCGACCCCCCCAAGUGGCUGGAACUGGUCGUCGCCGUCGACCACACCGUCAUCGACUUCCACGGGGAGGAGCAAGUCGAGAAGUAUGUCUUCACUCUCUUCAACAUCGUCAGCGCCAUCUAUGAGGAUCCUUCGCUGGAGUCUUCGCUCGAGCUGGUGAUGCUGAGGAUCAUCUUCUACAAAGACAAGAAACACUCGCAGGUGCGCGAGGGCCUGGCGAAGAAGUCCCUGGAGGCGGUGAACCGGUGGUCAGAGCGCCUGCACCGCCUGUCCCCGGAGCACCUUCGCCACGACAUGGCCGUCUGGCUGACCCGGACUGACCUGGGCGGACCGUCGGGCUACGCUCCCGUGGCCGGCGUGUGCGAGCCCUCGCGUUCGUGCACCUUGAACCGCGACGAGGGCCUCACCUCCGCUUUCAUCAUCGCUCACGAAAUGGGACAUGU